ACUCCACAUUAGAAAGAGUAGUACUCUUCCACUAUAAGACCACCUUUAAUUUCCUUCUUCCACUUGUGCAUUAAUUCUUCAAAUCUUGAAAUAUUUAUGCAAUUUUCCUCAAGAAAAUCUAGCCAGAAUUCCUAACUCAUUGAUCAUAUUUUGGUCACACUUAUUACUACUAGUAAGAAUGUUGAAGGGCAACAAUGGGGCAAAUAAGUUGCAGGAAGAGUCGAAGAAGAGGAUAUCAAGUGGAAAACUUGGGAGGUUUCUAAAGGAGCAGAGAGGAAGGUUUUACAUCAUGAGAAGAUGUGUAGUUAUGCUACUUUGCUGGCAUGAUUGAUUAAUUGCACUCAAUAUGUAUACGAGAAAGGAACAUAAAAAGGAAAUCGACACUAACUAGUAGUGUUCCCUUUUAUCAUCCUCUCCUUUCAAUUGUAAAUAGAAAAGAGAAACCAUAUUAAGCUAUCUUGUCUUAGAAAUUAGAGCAAUAUAGUUGGCGAAUUAAUCUAGUAUAUAUAUGAUGUUAAUGAUUGUGUAUCGAUACUGACUGUUUCUUACCUUGAUUUGUCAUUAAUGCAUGCUAGUUUUAUCGUCUACUUUAUCAUGAUGUAUAUUUUCGUC